AUGGGUUUCUAUGAAAGCCCAUAUCAUGGUAAACUUAUCGAAGAACUCACAAGUAAAUGGAAGGAUUUGCAGCAGUUAUACUUGGGAGACACUCAACAUUCUUUCCAGGAAAUUCUUAUUCAAAUCAGACUUAACUGCAAAAAUCUCAAUGUUCUAUCUGUAAAAGGUUUUGUUGGCAAUAAAGAAGCAUCAGCUAUUGCAACUAUACUUCCAAACAUCAAGUAUUUGAGGCUGCAGGAGAGUUCACUACCCCGUAAGAGUCUCAAGAUUAUAUUGCAAGGAUGUAGAGAGUUGGUGCUACUUGAUGCAAGGAAUUGUGAUGGUUUCGAAGCUGACGAUGAGGAGAUAUUAAAGAUGGCUUCUCACAUCAACACCUUUUUGACUCACGGUUCAAUCUUAGAUGAGUACGUGGAUAAAAAGCCCUUCUGA